UGUUGAAUCCCAACGCACGCCGCGCGCUUCGAAACUACAAGCCCCAAACGGCACCACGCCCAUCCAAUCUGAAUAUGUGGGAGGGGAGCGUCCGCCCACAAAAGCCACAGCAAUUUUAGAGUGUGCCUCAAACGCAAUUGUGCAUCAAAAAAGUGAAUCCCGGAGUGAAUUCCGACGAAUAUUCUCGCACAGAUACAUCCGGGAGAGGAAAAAAGCGGAGCGGAAUAGCCCGCGCGUGAUGGUUCGGCAUUCAUAGAUGUUUAAAGUGCAGUGGGUGGGCCUCCGCGCGCAGACGGAGCUCUCUGACAGAUCCGCGCAGGGUUAUUAUUUAACAGCGCUGUAAGGCCCGCGUCCGUUCGACCCGACCCGCUCGGACUCGCCUGGUAUUUAGUGCUCCGUUAUCGAGGGUGUUUUUGCAUUGGCACCGCCCUUCCUGACGGGGUGGGUCCGUGCGUCAGAGCUGCGCCACACUCUGCGGCCGCUGGAGAAAAUAGGCCGUCCUUCUGCUGGGCUGCUGCCUGCCUUCCUCGGCGUCCGGCCUUUUUUUGCUCUUAAACAACUCCUCUCCGGGUUUCAUUAAUGCGGGAUGAGUGAUCAAAAGAAGCAAGCCAUGGCCACAGAUGGGGGGAAAGCCUGCGGAGAUGAAGUUGGGACGAAAGGGAAAAGUUCUGGAUUGCAGGAUGCACAGCCGUCUCCUCUCGCAAUGCUUGCAGCAACAUGCAGUAAAAUAGGCGGUGUUGGCGGCGAGGGUCAGGCAUCCACGCAACAGCAGAUAAUAAUCGACCCCAACCAGGGUCUGUUUCAGCUCCAGAACCCCACACAGCAGCUCGAGCUGGUUCCUGCGCAGCUGACGGGAAACGGCUGGCAGAUCAUAGCCACGUCCCCUGCCGCUGCAACCAAGGACAGCAUUCAGCAGCAGGUGGGGCUGGCGGCCAAUGAGGGCGCACCGGGGCGAAAGGGCAAGGCGGUGGGUUCGAAUAACGCACCUGGCUCACAGCAGCAGCAGCAGUUUCAAAUCAUCCAGGUGCAGAAUCUGCCGAACUCGUCAGGCGGGAUCCAGUAUCAAGUCAUCCCGCACCUUCAGACCGCCGACGGACAGCAGAUCCAAAUAAGCCCUAGUAACCCUGCAACCUUAAGCGUCCAGCCCGAACAGAUCCAGCUCAUUUCCACCGGAAACAACCAAGCCAUUCUGGCCACGCCCCAAAGGGCGGGAUCAACCGGAAUCGUCGCGCAAAACCAGACAAUUCCGCUUCAGAUCAGGCCGUCGUUUCCUUUGCAGCUGCAAACCAUUCAGGGUACGCAAGCGCCUAUGGUGACCACGUUACCCAUUAACCUCGGCGGCGUGACUUUGGCGCUGCCGGUUAUCAAUAACAUAGCUGGGGGCGGAGCUUCGAUUCAAUUCGUCCAAUCGGGCGACGGAAGCAUUUCCAACGGAAACCAAGCAAGCACAGCAGAAUCCACAGGCGUUUCGACGUUCACGACGACCAGCGAUACGAUCGUCGCGACGUCUACGGAUGCUACAGCGCCCGCCGGAACUGAGAGCCAGAAGGACGGUCAGUCGGGCGAGUCGGACGCCCAGAAUCUGGCUCAAUCCAACGGCCUGCAAUCCGUGUCCGAGCAGGCCGGCCAAAUCCAGCAAUUCCAAAUCGUGGGCCAUCCGGUUCUCCAGCAGAUCCAGAUCCAGUCGCCCCACCAGCAGGUAGUCCAGGGCUCCAUACAGAUCCAGCCCGGCCAGACUUUACAACCGAUGCAGCAGAACCUCCAGCUGCAGGCCUUCCAGAAUCCCACGCAGGUUCUGAUCCGGACGCCCACACUCACCCCGUCGGGACAGAUCAGCUGGCAGACCGUCCAGGUCCAGAAUGCGGGCAUGCCCCAGCAGCUGACGCUCGCCCCCAUGGCGUCGAACGCAAGCGGGGGGACGUUCACUCAGAUCGCCCCGCUGACACUCGGCGGGUCGCCCAUCACGCUCAGCGCAGCCCAGCUGCCCUCUGGGACCGGGGUGCAGACGGUGAACAUCGCAGGUUUGGGGGCGGCUGGAGUCCAGGUGCAGGGCGUCCCGCUCACCAUCACCGGCGUGCAUGGUCAGCAGCAGGGUCAAGAGGGGGUCAAAGUUCAGUCGACCCCGGUGACGGUCACCGUUGGCAACAUCAGCAGCACAACCCUGAGUCCAGACCAGAUGGGGCAGGUCCAGAGCCCGUCGGACCAGGAGGGUCAGCCCAGCAAGAGGCUGCGCAGGGUGGCCUGUUCCUGCCCCAACUGCAGGGACGGAGAGGGGAG